AUGGCUUACUUGUGCGGAGAUAUAUCAGGUCUAGUAUCCCAGACCACUCUUAGGUGGAUUUUUGUGAGUGGAAAAGGCGGAGUUGGUAAAACUACAAUUUCUUGCUCCCUUGCAAUCCAACUUUCCAAAGUUAGGGAUAGUGUAUUAAUAUUAUCUACUGAUCCUGCACAUAAUUUGAGUGAUGCUUUUGGGCAAAAAUUUUCGCAUACUCCUACGAAAGUUAAGGGAUUCGACAAUAUUUUCGCAAUGGAAAUUGAUCCAUCCUCGCGUGUAGACUCUCAAUAUGAAUUUACUGAGACCCGUGGUUUCAUGAAGAUUGUGCCGCAAAUUUUACAGUCUGUUCCCGGGAUUGACGAAGCAUUUUCCUUCGCGGAACUGAUGCGUUCUGUGCACAGUAUGAAAUAUUCUGUAAUUAUUUUCGACACUGCUCCCACUGGUCAUACCCUUCGAUUGAUUCAUUUCCCCAAAAUGAUUGAUACGGCAAUGGAUUACUUAAUCGAACUUGAAAGUCCUAUUAGCGGCAUUUUUAAAAUGUUCUCAGUGGUUUCAGGGGGUGCAUCUAAUGAUAAGAUGUUCGAGCAGCUGAACAUCAUGAAAAAGUCGCUUAAGGAUAUCAAGGAACAACUAGAAAAUGCAGAACUAACAACUUUUGUGUGUGUUUGUAUUCCAGAAUUCCUGAGUGUCUAUGAGACAGAGCGUUUGGUGCAAGCGUUAGCUAGGGAAUGUAUUGAUUGCUCAUAUAUAAUUGUCAACCAGAUUAUUUUCCCCAUAGAUAAUGACAUCGAAAUAUCGAAAGUGAUAUCGGACGAUCCUGUGAUAAAAAAGGCGCUAGAGAAAGGUGUAAUAUUGGAAGCUUUGUUUAGGGACCGUAGAAAGAUACAAAAUAAGUAUCUAAGGGAUAUCCACGAACUUUAUGCUUCUGACUUCAAUAUAGUAUGUAUGCCACAGCUUAAUAAGGAGGUUAGGGGCCAUAAGUCCAUAUCUGAAUUCUCAGAUCAGCUUUUGAAAGCUAAAAAACUGAAUCUUGAUUGA